AUGGGUGUCGACGUUCCCUCCUGGCCGCACUUUCUUUUCAGGGUCUUUGAACCUUUAUCCUGCUUUGGCGGCUACAUCUUCCCCCUCCUAGACCUAAACAAGUUCAUCGUGGACUCAACACCGAACGUCCCACCGCCAGAGACCAUCCAUCCAAGCAGUGUCGUCCUCGCCGGCCAACUAGGAAACAUCUACGCGGUCCUCGGCCUCCUAAGCUUCCUCAUCCACCACAACACCAAUGACCCCAAAGUCUUCCGCAACUACAUCCUCGCCUACGUCUUCAGCGACAUCAACCAUCUCUACGCAACCUACCGCGGCGUGGGCUGGGACACCUUCGUCGACCCCUGGGCGUGGCAGAACCUCCUCACCUGGGGCAACAUUGGCAUGACAGUAUUCAUGCUCGUGAACCGCAUCCUGUUCCUCCUCGGUGUCUUCGGAAAUGCCAAGGCGUCUGAGACCCGUCAGAAGAGGAGCUGA